ACCAACAUUUGUCUAAUACUCGUCUCUCGAAUUUCUGAGGAACUCUCUCUCUCUCUCUCUCUCUCUGUGUCUUUCUCUUUCUGUUGGAUGAGACAAGUGAGACCCAGAAUAAAUCCGUCUACUCCACAGCUUUUUUCUGCGCGAAUGAGAGAUGAAGAAGCCUCGGAGCGUGUCCUUAAAUACCAAAGGCCAAACCAUUGACGACAACAACAAAAGCAACUAUAGCAGAGAUGGCAACGAAAACAAGAGGAGGAGCUUAUAUGAGCUUUCCUUGUCUUUGAUCUUCUCGCUCUGGUGCCUUGUCUUCUUGUUCUACUUCAGACUUGGUCUUGGCCACGGAAAUGGAGAGAAUUCACCUCCUGAUAACAGAAGCACUCCUCCUAGUGCUUGCAAUGAUGAGCUUGGUGACCAUGCUUAUUCAUAUAUCACAAACGGAAGCAAUAACUACAUGAACGGGAUUUUGUUAGAGCUUAAUAUGUCAACUAGUUGUAACAAUCCCAAUGUUCAUCAGAACUUUGCAAAUUCCAAUCCGGAGAACAAUAGUACGGAAGUAGUUUGGGGUGUUGUAGGUAAUUAUGCUGCUUUAGCAUGUGAAGUACAACCACAAGAACCACAAGAAGACAAAACAAUUAAUCAAGCAGAACAACUUCCAAGUGGGAGAACUUCUAAUCCCGCCUAUCUCAAUCUUGAUGAGUUCCGAAACAUAACAAGGCAAGAAAAAAGUCAAGCCUCACCAAGCCGGCUUGUUAACAUCACCCACCGGCUUGAACUUGAUGGAACGGCAUACGACUAUGCCUCUGCAUCUAAGGGUGCAAAGGUGGUGGCUCAUAAUAAGGAAGCAAAAGGAGCUAGUAACAUUUUGGGAAAGGAUCAUGACAAGUACUUGAGAAAUCCUUGUUCUGUGGGGGACAAGUUUGUGGUGAUCGAGCUUGCAGAAGAGACUCUGGUUGUUACUGUCAAAAUUGCAAACUUUGAACAUUAUUCUUCUAAUUUCAAGGACUUUGAAUUGUCUGGCAGUUUAAGCUAUCCAACAGAAACAUGGUCCCCUUUGGGAACUUUUGUUGCUGCUAAUGUCAAGCAUACUCAGUGCUUCAAGCUGCCCGAACCUAAAUGGGUACGAUACUUAAAAUUAAAUUUACGUAGUCAUUAUGGAUCAGAGUUCUACUGCACAUUGAGUGUUGUAGAGGUGUAUGGUGUUGAUGCAAUGGAGCGGAUGCUUGAAGAUCUCAUUGUGACUUCUGCAGAACCUGUUCUCAGCAUAUUGCCAGAUCCUAAUUCAACUGCAAUUCCUUCUUUAAAACUAGAAGCUGGUCCACUUGACGUUCAAAAUGCCACUGAGAGUACUGCUGGUGUAGUGUCAGAGAGUGGCAAUGAUGGACAAAAGCUCAAUGGAGCUGCAACAAAAUCUUCAGCAAUUUUGAACGGCAUUCCGGAUCCUGUAAUAGAGCUUAGACAACAGCCAAGUGGUAGAAUACCUGGCGACACUGUUCUGAAGAUUUUGAUGCAGAAGGUGAGGUCCCUCGAGUUGAACUUAUCUGUGCUGGAGGAGUAUAUCAAAGAAUUGAACCGAAGACAAGGGGAUGUUCUACCAGAGCUUGAUAAGGAGCUAUCAAGAAUAUUGUCGCUUUUGGAGAAAAGUAGAGGAGAGAUCAAAGAUCUCUUGGGCUGGAAGGAGAGUAUGGAAAAAGGAAUUGUUAACCUUCAGCUAUGGAAAGCUCUUGUAUCAUCUCAAAUGGAAGUAUUGAUCAGAGAAAAUAACAUGCUAAGGUUAGAUGUUGAAAAGGUUGUAAGCGAUCAAGCAAGUUUGGAAAGUAAAGAACUUUCUGUUCUAGCAGUCAGUCUAUUCUUUGUGUGCUUCGCAAUUCUCAAGCUAGUUUUAGCAAAAAUUUUCACAUUUUUUGGAGCCUGGCAGUCUGAUAAGAUAUGCCAAACAAGUAGAGGUUGGGUUUUGAUUCUUGUAAGCAGUAGUAUGACGAUUUUUAUUACCUUGAUCUAUAGCUAGUCCCUCAAUUUUGUAGCUCUGGUAAAUCAAAUCAGUGGCAUUUGGGUCUCUUUCUAAUUAUAGCUUUUGCUUAAAGAAGAAACUUCUUUCAGCAACAGUUCGUGUUACUUUAUGGGAAUGGAUUCACCAUUUUGCUGUAUGACUACAUGCUGAAACUUGAGUAUGGCGCCUAUGUUGAAGAUGCUGUUUGUCAUUG